UUCUCACAAAAAAAUGGCAGAUUCACAAGACGACAAGCUUUAUAAAGCAGAAUAUGCAAAGAGCGGCCGCGCAUCGUGCAAGAAAUGUAAAGAGAACAUUGCUAAAGACUCGCUGAGGAUGGCCAUCAUGGUGCAGUCGCCCAUGUUUGAUGGCAAAGUGCCGCACUGGCAUCACUUUUCGUGCUUCUGGCUCCAGGCGGCCGUGCAGACCCCCUCAGACAUCUCGGGGUUUUCUGAUCUCCGCUGGGACGACCAGGAGAAGGUGAAGAAAGCAAUCGAAACGGGUGAGGCAGUCGGAGGUAAAAGUGAUAAAAAAGGAGCAGCUAAGGGGGUGAAGACUCUCAACGACUUUGCAGUGGAGUACGCCAAAUCUAACAGGAGCACCUGCAAGGGCUGCGAGCAAAAGAUCGAAAAGGACCAGAUCCGCGUAUCGAAGAAGUCCGUGGACCCCGAGAAGCCUCAGCUGGGUCUGAUCGACCGCUGGUACCACACAGGCUGCUUCGUGAGCCGUCGUGAGGAGCUGAUGUUUAAACCGGAGUGCAGCGCUGCUCAGCUUAAAGGAUUCGCCGCACUGAAGGCUGAAGAUCAAGAGGAGCUGAAGAAGAGACUCCCGGCUGUAAAGACUGAGGGGAAGAGGAAAGCGGACGAAGUUGAUGGAGGCGUAGCGUCCAAGAAACAGAAGAAAGAGGAGGAGCAGGAGAAGAAAAAAUUAGAAAUAAAACUAAAGGAGCAGAGCCAGUUGAUUUGGGGAAUUAAAGACAAGCUGAAGAAAUUCUGUUCGACCAACGACAUGAAAGAGCUUCUUAUCGCUAACGACCAGGACGUCCCGUCUGGAGAAUCGAACGUCUUGGACCGUCUGUCGGACUGCAUGACUUUCGGAUCGUUGAAGCCCUGCGAGACCUGCUUUGGUCAGCUGGUGUUUAAGAGCGACGCCUACUACUGCACCGGAGACAUCUCGGCCUGGACCAAGUGUGUGUACAAGACUCAGACGCCCAACCGUAAGGACUGGGUCACUCCUCAGGAGUUUCAUGAGAUUUCCUUCCUGAAGAAGUUCAAGUUCAAGCGUCAGGAUCGCAUGUUCCCCAAAGAGCCUCCUGCUGCCCCCGCUGCCCCCGCCGUCUCCACCGCUACCACCAGUACCUCCAGUUCCAACGUCCACACUGACCUCCCUGAGGAAGUGUCUGCAGAUAAGCCUCUGACCGGGCUGAAGGUACUGUCCGUGGGAAAGCUGAGCAAGAACAAAGACGAACUGAAGGCUGUGGUGGAGGAGCUGGGAGGAAAAAUCACCAGCACCGCUAACAAAGCCACCUUCUGCAUCAGCUCCACCAAGGAAGUCGAGAAGAUGAGCAAGAAGAUGGAGGAGGUUCGAGACGCCGGCGUGCGGGUCGUCUCCGAGGACUUCCUCACCGAUAUUAAGUCCUCGGGAAAGGGCCCCAGGGAGCUCAUCGCCCUGCACGGAAUCUCACCCUGGGGGGCAGAGGUUAAGGUCGAGGCCCAGUCCUCGUCUGCUGCAGCGAAGUCCACCGGAGGCUCGUCAAAGAGCGCCAGCAAAGUCAAAGAGGAAGAUGGUGGUAGUAAGGCGAAGAAGAUGAAGCUGACUGUUAAAGGUGGAGCGGCGGUCGACCCAGAUUCAGGGUUGGAGGAUUGUGCUCAUGUGUUGGAUCAGAACGGUAAGAUCUACAGCGCCACGCUGGGCCUGGUGGACAUCGUUCGGGGCACCAACUCCUACUACAAACUGCAGCUUCUGGAGGACGACGUCCAAAAACGGUACUGGGUGUUCAGGUCGUGGGGCAGAGUGGGCACCACUAUCGGAGGAAACAAACUGGAUAAGUUUUAUGACAAGAACUCGGCCAUGGACAACUUCCGCACCCUGUAUGAAGAGAAGACGGGAAACAGCUGGACCUCCAGCAGCUUUACUAAAUAUCCAAAUAAGUUUUAUCCGCUCGAGAUUGAUUAUGGACAGGAUGAGGAGGCGGUGAAGAAGCUUACAGCCAGCACCGGCUCCAAGUCUCACCUCGCCAAGCCAGUGCAGGAGCUCAUCAGAACGAUCUUCGAUGUGGAGAGCAUGAAAAAAGCCAUGGUGGAGUUUGAGAUCGACCUACAGAAGAUGCCUCUGGGGAAGCUGAGUAAGAGGCAGAUCCAGAGCGCUUAUUCUCUUCUGACUGAAGUCCAGCAGGCUGUGUCUGAUAACGCAGCAGAGGCUCUGAUUCUGGAUCUGUCCAAUCGCUUCUACACUCUCAUCCCGCACGACUUCGGCAUGAAGAAACCUCCGCUGUUAAGUAAUCUGGACUACAUUCAGGCUAAAGUUCAGAUGUUGGACAACUUGCUGGACAUCGAGGUGGCCUACAGUCUGCUGCGUGGUGGCGCUGAAGAUAACAAGAAAGAUCCCAUCGACAUCAACUACGAGAAACUCAAAACCAAGAUUGAGGUGGUGGAUAAAGCGUCGGAGGAAGCUCAGGUGAUCCUGCAGUAUGUGAAGAACACACACGCUGCUACUCACAACAAUUACACACUGGAGGUGGAAGAGAUCUUUAAAAUCGACAGGGAGGGUGAGUACCAGCACUACCGACCCUUCAAAGAGUUGCCCAACCGUCAGCUGCUGUGGCACGGCUCUCGCACCACCAACUACGCUGGUAUUCUGUCCCAGGGUCUGCGUAUCGCUCCUCCUGAGGCUCCAGUGACAGGUUAUAUGUUCGGCAAAGGUGUUUACUUUGCUGACAUGGUGUCUAAGAGUGCCAACUACUGCCACACGUCCCAGUCUGAUCCCGUAGGCCUCAUUCUGUUAGGAGAAGUCGCUCUGGGACACAUGCACGAGCUGAAGAAGGCCUCGCACAUUACAAAACUCCCGAAGGGAAAACACAGUGUGAAAGGUGUGGGAAGGACCGCUCCUGAGCCCAGUGCCACCGUCUCUCUUAAUGGGGUGGACGUUCCCUUGGGCAAAGGCUCCAACACGAACAUUGAUGAUACGAGUCUGCUGUAUAACGAAUAUAUCGUGUAUGAUGUUUCUCAGGUGAAUCUAAAAUACCUGCUGAAACUUCGCUUCAAUUACCAAACGUCUCUGUGGUGAGAAGCCUGAGGAGUCCUGGGUCACGACGCCACUGUUUGCUCACCGUCAUACAGAAAUAAACAACAACGAAACUAAACAGAUUAUAAUUCAGCCAUUUUAUCAGCUCUAUAGUUCAUUUAUUCAGUUCUACCUGCUGCAGUUUCUCGUUCUGUUGCGCUGCUUAUAGGGGAAUACAGAAACGCUCUGCGUAAGAUGAUAAGACAUGUUGUACGAUUUCGAUUUGGGUAUUUUAACACCCUGAUUCAAUUCGCUGGUGAAGAUCUUUGCUGCUGCCGAGAAUGUAAGGUAAAAUCGCCUCAUGUUAUUUUUUUAGGAUGUUUGACAUUUGUACAAUUAGUUUCGCAUCUUUUAUCAAUGCGAAGUCUGAUAACUGUUCUGUUUUGUGGGUUUUUUUUUUCUAAAGACAGACAUAUACUGUACAGUUUUAGUAAUGAAAUGUUUCUUGUAUGUUUGCGUUUACUGCUUAUAACACUUCUGCUAGUGUUUUAGUUAUUAGUUAGGAAGAUUAAAAAAAAGUCUGUGUUCUGUAGAGAGUUGCUCUUUAUUACUAUAUAAAUUGUAAAAUGCUUCCAUUUUCAAACUGUUUUAAAAAAGAAGUAACACACCACGGCAGAAUAAUCACUGAUUGUAACAGGUGAAAUGUUGAUCUGCUUUUUUACCAUUUGAACCCUGAAUAAAACCACAGCUUUG